AAAUAAUUUUAAGUGUCACCUGAAUUCCGUAUUCUUCCAAGAGGCUCUUGAAUGCAUCACUAGCCCUCUGGUGGUCGGUUACGUAAACGUUUUUGUGACAAACCAUGGCUGCUCCGUUUGCUAGGAUUUUCUCUAAGUCCCUCAGACAGAUCCCUCGAUCAUGGGGAUCAUGCCAGACUGGAUUGAGGAGCAGGUCCACCAGAUCUCUCCCUGUUGUGGGUUCAGAUCAGACAGGUGGAGUGGUUCCUUUUCCUCCCCUUCAGACAUAUUCAGAGGAGGAGAGUAUGAUGAAGGAUGCAGUAAAGAAGUACGCACAAGAGCGCAUUGCACCCUUUGUGUCAAAGAUGGACGAAAAUUCUGCCAUGGACGAAGAAGUGAUCCGAUCCCUUUUCGAGCAGGGUUUAAUGGGAAUUGAGAUUGACCCAGAAUAUGGAGGGACUGGCUCCACAUUCUUUGCCUCAAUCCUGGUCAUUGAAGAGCUGGCUAAAGUGGAUCCCUCUGUGGCUGUUCUCUGUGACAUCCAAAACACACUGAUCAACGUUCUGUUCACAAAACUCGGUACCCCAGCCCAAAAGGAGAAGUACCUGAGCCACCUGUCUACUGACAUGAUUGGGAGUUUCUGCCUUUCUGAAGCUGAAUCGGGGAGUGAUGCUUUUGCUCUGAAGACUCGUGCUGAAAAGCAAAAGGACUUCUAUGUGAUCAAUGGAUCAAAGAUGUGGAUCAGUAAUGCAGAGCAUGCAGGCGUUUUCUUGGUAAUGGCUAAUGUGAAUCCCUCUGCUGGGUACCGGGGCAUCACUUGUUUUAUUGUGGACCGGGAAACUGAGGGGCUUGAGAUUGGCAAGAAGGAAAACAAACUUGGUCUGCGUGCGUCUUCAACCUGCCCAGUUAAUUUUGACAAUGUCAAGGUACCAGAAAGUAACAUUUUAGGUGAGAUCGGCCAUGGAUACAAAUACGCCAUCGGAAUGUUGAAUGAGGGCAGAAUUGGAAUUGCAGCUCAGAUGGUUGGGCUUGCACAGGGUUGCUUUGACCUCGCAGUUCCCUACACCAGACAGAGAGUGCAAUUUGGAAAACGCAUCUUUGACUUCCAGGGGAUGCAGCACCAAAUAGCCCACGUGGCGACACAGAUUGAAGCUGCUCGACUGCUGACUUACAACGCUGCUCGUCUGAAGGAAGCCGGCAGACCUUUUAUUAAGGAGGCCUGCAUGGCCAAGUACUUUUCCGCUGAGGUUGCAACUCUAACCACAUCCAAAAGCAUUGAGUGGAUGGGAGGCGUAGGUUUUACUAAAGACUACCCCAUUGAAAAAUAUUACAGAGACUGCAAAAUUGGAACUAUUUAUGAAGGAACGACAAACAUCCAGCUGUCCACCAUGGCCAAGUUCAUCGAUAAGGAGUUUGAGCAGUGAAACAGCCGCCUCAUAGAUCACAUGUUACACUUUAUUUCUGUAGACCUGCUUUUGUAUUUAAACAGUUUUUCCUGAUCUUUACUGGUAUAAAUUUGUUCUAAAUGGUUUAGCAAAUAUCCUUUUUAGUUUUCUAAGGUUUGGAAGUACUUUUUUUAUUUUAUUUUGUUUAAUUUCCUAUCAAAACUCCAAACAUUUGCCAUAUUCUGUUAAAAUGUCCAAUUUUUGUUAUGAAUAUAUGGAAAUAAUUUAAGAAAACCUGAUUUAGUUUGUAAAGCAUGGAUUUAUUUUUGGAGGAUAUUGGCUACAGUAUUGUGUAAAUGUUUCAGUGCCUUCAGAAAAUCUUUGUCUUUCUCUCAAAAGUUGUUAGAAAUUCCUGAUAUCAGCUGCUUUAAAUGGGCAAUUCCCACAUAUCCCACUAGAUGGCAGCACUUCCCUGAGUGACCCCAGAGCUCUGAAGGAGCAGCUCCUCACUGAAAGGGCAGUCAAUUAUCAUGUCCUUUAACAGCCUGUCAGCUCUAAUGAUAUUUUAAAUCAGUUUAAUUAUGCUGGUGCUUCUGAUGAAAAGAGCCGUCCCUGCAUAAUUCACUCAUUGAUAAUUUUUACAGUCGAGGCUAAUUACAUUUCCCAGGCCUGUGUGUUGCUGUGUAAAAUAAAGCUGUAGCCACAUUACUUAACUGAGAACUAUUUUGAGCAUGGUGUCUUGAUUUAAUGAAUAUUUUUUUUUCUUAAUUAAAAAAAUAUGUGAUUAAACUGAUUUGGAGGGGGAGUAGUUCUGGAGAUUUUUGUUGAUGCCUUAAAUUGAUUCAUUUUAGCCAAUGAACCUGCCCAAAUGCUAACAUAUUUCAAGGAGAAUAAUGCAAAUUAAUACAGAUUAUAUGCCCAUUUUAUUGUGUAUACCAUUUUUUUUUACAAACGUAUCAAUUCUAAUGCAUAAAGGCACAGCAAUUGUGAAUAUAUUUAAAUUUAAAAUAAAAAUAUUUAGUCAUUGAAGAUGUAAAAAUGAGUAAUUUUUCAAAAUUUGAAUAAAAUUGUGUUUUAAAACAUUUCACCUUUUUACUUUAUCUUUUUUGGUGAGUGACGGGUUAUAAAUAAAGCUUUGGCAGAAAACAAGCCAUUAAGAUAUCCUCCAAAAAUCACUUAAUGAAAUAGAAAAAGGAGGCCCAUCAGGCCCGGGCGUGCAUGUCUGAUUGAGUGGUUUCCCCCCUCUCUGAUCCACUCACAGUUGUCUGUUUUAAUGAAUGUAAUCUGAUGAAAACACACAGCUAUCAUCCUUUUUUUUUUUUUUUACCUUGCCUUUGCAAAGCUCUGCUGCCUCUUCCUCCACCCCCAUCUUUAGCACAGCUAUGAGACCUCUAAUUAUGCAAAGAUUCAAGUAGCUUUUCACUAAACACAGUGUUGUCCUUUGGAGCUGAAGAGCGCUUCACAAGCUAAAAGGACAGACUGUGUGCAGGCAGGUUGAGCAAAUUCAAUUUGUUUGAUUAGUUCUCUGCAUCUGCUUCCUGUUUGGUUUAAAUGGUGAAUGUUAAAUUUGUCUUUUCAAGGAUUUUUUUUUCUCUUCAGCUUCCCUGUGUGUAAAUUCUUUAUUUCCCCCUCAAGUGUUUGUGAAAAUUAACUGAUGGUUCUAAUAAAUAUAUCAAUCAGUUUG